UAACAGCAACAGCAAAUUGUUUAAAUUUCAAGUUGAAUUACAAAAUUUAUCAAUUUUUUAUAUGUUGAGACGUGCGGCUGCAGUUUAUUGGUUUGUUGCCUGAAAAACAACACCAAAAAAAAUCCACAACAACAUCAGCAACAGCAAUAGAUAUAAAAGCAGAAGGAGCCUCAACAACAAUGACGGAACUCCAAUUGGACAACAGCCUGACAGGCGACGUUGAUGACGCCGAUGCUUCUGUCGUCAAGGCCACAACAACAUCUGCACCGACAGUAACAACAACGCCCAAGGCCACGACAAAGCGUCGUCAAUUUGCCGAAGGAGAGGCCGAAGAGGGUUUUCUCUCCACCUCGCCGGACAGCGCCAACGGGGAUGCACACGCACACACACGCACGCACCACACACACACACACGUGCAGCCACGCGAACUGCAGCAGAGCAACGGCAAUGGCAACGGCCUGACCGAACCUCUCACUGCCCGCCAGCUACUACUGCAGGCGUUCCAUCAGUGCAACUGCACUGACCAAUGCGUAUCCCUGAACAACAUUUUGGACUGCUUCAAGGCGCCCGUAUCCGAGGAUCAGGCCUGGGCGCUAAUCUAUCAGUUCGUUUCGCUUUAUUUGAAGGUGGCCGGCCAGGCGCUGCACUGCAGCAGCGAUGACUACGAAGCACAUCUGCCUACACGAUUCGAACUCUAUUUGCAUCGCGACGGCAGCGUCCACUUUUCCGGGCAGGAGCAGAAAGAACCACUAAAACAGUCGCCGGCUGAGCUGCAGCACGAUGACAGCGCCAGCAGCAGUGGCGACAGCAGCGUCGUCAUGGACCGAGCUUUUGACAACAACAAUCAUCAUACGCCGCUCGUCUCCGCCCAUCGAAAGAUCAUUAGCGAAUUGGCGGAAGUUGUUUAUGCUGCAUUGGAUUACAAUUUUCCAGAAGACGAAGAAUGCCAAAUGUCCCAAGAGCUAGAGACUCUGUUUCACUACAUGACAGCAGAUGAAAAUGACGAUGAUUGCAUUGAUGAGGGCAUUGAGGAAGGCGACAAGCGCUGGGACGACGAGACGGAGGAGGAACGCAACAAUACCAAAGAACUGGAGCAUAUAAUCGAGACCUGCAGAAACCAUAUAAAGCCCGCAUUACCAGAGAAUCAUUACAAAGCCGUCUGCCGUGCCCUGGUGACGGAGACAAUCGAGCUGCGAAUAUUUCUGCAGCAAAUUCUAAACAAUGGUAAGCACAGCAGAAAUAUCUCAAUAAGAAAUAUGUCAAACGUUUCUUGGCUUGCAGAUACCGGCAAAUUAAUAAAGGCAUCAGAAUCAUCUCAGAGCACGCAGUGUGAACUGGCGAAGCUGGGCUUCAACGACUGGGCACGCUUCUGGGUGCAGGUUAUCGAUGAACUGCGUCGCGGCGUUCGCCUGAAGAAGCGCAACUAUGAGCGCACGCCCAUCGAAUACGAACUGACGCCCUAUGAGAUACUUAUGGGCGAUAUACGCGCUAAAAAGUACCAAUUGCGCAAGGUGAUGGUCAACGGUGAUAUACCGCCGCGCGUGAAGAAGGAUGCUCAUGCGAUGAUCUUGGAGUUCAUCAGGUCACGGCCGCCAUUAAAGAAGGCCUCGGAACGUCAGCUAGGUCCUCCAUUGAAGUGCACGCCCUCGCCUCGGGAGCAGCUCAUGGAGUCCAUACGCCAGGGCAAGGAGCUCAAGCAAAUAACCCCGCCAAAGAAAGAGAAAUUGCUUCCAAAUUCAACAAACUCAACGCUGUCGCGCUCGCGGCAGCGGCUCAUCAAAGUGGAUUUCUCAAAGUUGCAGGACGACGAGCUGAUCUUAGAUGAAUCCAGCGUCAGCAGCAGCAAUGCCUCCUUAGCAGCUGCCAGCGAAUCGCAUCGCUUUACACAGCCCAAAAUGCCGCCGUAUCCCAUUGGCGGCUACUAUUUUGGCUCCCAGAUGAGACAGGACCCAACGGCAAUGCAGCUGCGACCCAGACGCACAAAGGAGCAACAGCAGCAGCAGCAGCAAGACGAAUAUGGCAGCAGCUUCGAUAAUGCACUGGAAUCCUAUGACCUGGCUACACAGAACGAGGCUAGACGCGGUUCUGUGCGCCGUCACACUAUCGUCGGUUGCCAGAGCAACCUGGAUGAGACGCACUCGAUGCCACCCACGCGUCCUGAGUCGCGUCAAUCGGAUGACGUAAGUGGCUCGUCCAAAGAGCUGUUGAAAAAGACUCCCGAGGCGCUGCAGUCGCUCGACCAACAACAGCAACAGCAGCAGCAGCCACGCCAGCCACACGCCACGUCUGGAACUGGAGCUGAUGAGACGGCGUCGCAUUCAACAUCCUCGCUUGGCCCAUGGAACAAGUCCUUCAUGGACAAACAGACCUGGAUGGAACGUGGGGAUGAUCGUCUGUCCGUUACGCUAGCGGAGAUCGUUCACAUACGUUCCGUCAUGACCAAAGCGGAGCUGGAGGGCCUGCCCAUGGAUGUGCGCGUCAAGGAGGAUGUUGAAAAGCGUCGUGUCUGCUUUCUUUGCCUGCGCACACGCUUCUCCUUCUUCGGUCCGUGGGGCAUUCAGUGCAAACUGUGCCAGCGCACCGUCUGCGCCAAAUGCUACACCAAGAUGCGUAUACCCUCGGAGCAUUUUCGCAAUGUGCCGCUGGUGCUGAUCUCACCCUCGCUGCUGUCCAGCCCGGCCAGCUCGAACACGCCAUCGCCGUCGCACCACGCCCACCACAUGCACUCCUCAUCGACGGGCAACAUCAUGGACGAUCAGUUUCCCAAAUCUCUGAUCGAGCGACUGCUGCGUUCCGAGUCAGAUCGCAAGACUCGCAGCACUGUCGGAAGUGCACCAUCAUCGCCCAAGCACCAAAGAUCAAACAUGAGCACGCCGGGCAUCAGUGUUGGCCCUGGCUCAGCGGCCGCGGCUGCUGCAGCCACCGGCCAGGCCGUGGAGGCAUUACACGAUCAGGCAUCCAUGUCAGCCUCCUAUUCGGGCGCCAUGCGGCCAUCUGGCGUGCAUCAGUACCAGCAGAAGCAGCAGCACUAUAACAAUGCCAUGUCCCGCAGCAUGGAGGGACCACGUAGCCUGCCCGUGCAUAGCCCGGCGCAUCGGCCUCUUUCCAACAGCAGCACACUGGAGCGCAAAUCCCGUUUCUCACGCGGCUUUGCGCUCUUCUCGUCGGGCAGCCAUUUGGCACAGACGCAACAAGAUCAAAAGGAAAACCUGCGCGGUGAGCAGGUGACCGUUUGCAAUGAUUGCCAGGGUCUGGUCAAUGAGAUAACCAGCUCCGUUAAGCAAAAGCGUAGCUCGGCACGCAAUCGGACGAUACAGAAUCUCACGCUGGAUCUGACGCCUGUCUGGAAAUAGAACGCAACAAACACCCAGAUGAAGGCGGCACCCAGCACUAUUAACUACAUAAUACACAUUAUAUAUAAAUAUAUAUAAUAAUUCACAUAUGCAUAUUUUGGAUGGACUGUUGUAUACAUAAGAUUGACAGAUAGAUAGAGAGCAGGAAAGAGGGAGAGAGGGAGAGUUUGAGUUGAAGCAAGCGCUUGGAUAUCGUUGUAAAUCGUUAGAUCGUGUUAGUCUAGUGUUAAGUGUAUAACCCCUAGCAAAAAUGAGAAAAGGGAGAAAAGCAACGCUGAAAACUUAUUCUUCUGACUAGGGACAUGCUUGAGUGCGCACCCCACCAUAUAAAUACGUUCGUACAUACUCUACUGAUAUAACCUAAACAUAUAAAUACAUCUAUAAAUAUAUAUAUAUAUAAACACAUAUAGAUAAUGAAAAUCCCGUGCGAUAUAUGAUACGUUGUUUGUAAUUGUUUAAUUUAUGUAUAAAUGUUGAUUAGGUCUCGUAUUAAUGCACAGACACUAACAAAAACCCGAUCAUAUAUAUAUAGAACGAUUUACUAUAUCCCAUUAGCAGAUACAUGUAAACGUUGAUAAAUAGGUUAUCAUUAUUAACAGAUCCAAAGCGCUCCACAGCUUAUGCCUUCGAUACGCAUAAGCCUUAACGAUUGAAUCCUUAAGUUGCGAACCAGGCAAAGUCGAGGAAAUACUGUUGUAAAUUAUGUGCUUGCACAGAUCUUUUUUGUUUGUUUGUUUCUCCUGUUGGAAAAGAAUAAAACUCGUUUUGUUCAUUCACGUAGAAACCACCCUAAACCAAGCUCUUUUCAAGCUGAUUUUCGCUAUUCUCAUAUAAAAUAUUCUAAUACCCAUUAAUAAAUUUCAAAUGC